AUGAAAAUGUGGCUUCUUGGCAUGAAAAUUCUCUUCCUUCAAUCUGUGUUGUGCUUUUGCUUCAUUCGAAUCAGUUCCAAAGGACUGAAUGAAUACAAUUUUAUUGUCAAAGAAGCUCGUUAUACAAGACUCUGCAGCACAAAAACCAUCUUGACCGUGAAUGGAAAAUUUCCAGGGCCAAUUAUUAGAGCUUACCAUGGUGAAACGGUAUAUGUCAAUGUUCAUAACAAGGGGAAAUUCAACAUCACGUUGCACUGGCAUGGAGUGAAGCAACCAAGGAAUCCAUGGUCUGAUGGCCCUGAAUACAUCACUCAGUGCCCGAUUCAACCUGGAGGGAAGUUCAGGCAGAAAAUAAUUUUUUCCAUUGAGGAAGGGACUAUAUGGUGGCAUGCUCAUAGUGCUUGGGCAAGAGCAACGGUCCAUGGGCCUAUAUUUGUUUAUCCAAGAAAGGGUACAUCCUACCCUUUUCCCAAACCUGAUGAAGAAGUGCCCAUUGUAUUCGGAGAAUGGUGGAAGAGUGAAAUCAAGGAUGUUUAUGAUGAAUUUCUCAGAACUGGAGGAGCCCCAAAUAAUUCAGACGCUAAUACUAUAAAUGGCCAACCUGGUGACCUUUAUCCUUGCUCAAAAUCAGAAACUUUCAAGUUGAAUGUAGACCACGGCAAGACUUAUCUUUUGCGCAUGAUUAAUGCUGGAAUGAAUCUCGUGUACUUUGUCUCUGUUUCAAAACACAAUCUCACGGUUGUUGGUGCUGAUAGCAGCUACACUAAGCCAGUGACAACAGAUUACAUAACAAUAGCUCCCGGACAAACAGUUGAUGCAUUGAUGUAUGCCAACCAAGAGCCUAAUGACUACUACUUGGCUGCACGUGCAUAUUCAAGUGCAGCUGCAGUACCCUUUGACAAUGGCACAACCACAGCAAGGAUCCACUACAACGAAAAUCAUGCUCCAAUUUCAUCUCCCAAGUUACCUUAUCUUCCUCCCUAUAAUAACAUAAAUGCAGCUUUUGACUACUAUGGUAGCAUUAAGGGCAUACCUGCAACAUACCCCUAUAAAGUCCCAACAAACAUCACCACUCAUAUUGUGAACGCAAUUUCUGUGAACACCCUCCCAUGCUCUGAAGGCGAAACCUGUGAGGGACCAAAUGGAACACUUUUUGCUUCUAGCAUGAACAACAUAAGUUUUCGGACACCCAGCAUUGACAUCCUGCAAGCCUAUUACUACCAUAUCAAAGGAGUGUAUGAUACAGGAUUUCCCAGGUUUCCUCCAUUUUUAUUUGACUUUACUGCAGAGUAUUUGCCUCUAAGCCUUGAGAUACCAAAGAAAGGGACUAAGGUUGCGGUUAUCAAAUAUGGUUCAACGGUGGAAAUUGUUCUCCAAGGGACAAACCUGGUUGCAGCGAUAGACCACCCUAUACAUCUGCAUGGCACUAGUUUUUAUUUUGUUGGAUACGGUUUUGGGAAUUUUGAUAAAGACAAGGACCCCAUGACAUACAAUCUCAUUGACCCUCCUCUUAUAAAUACAGUGUUGGUGCCUAAAAAUGGCUGGGCCGCUAUAAGGUACCGAGCUGCUAACCCAGGAGUGUGGUUUUUGCAUUGCCAUUUUGACCGCCACCUCUCUUGGGGCAUGGAGACGGUGCUUAUUGUGACGGAUGGAGAAGGAUAUGAUGAAAAAUUAACACCUCCACCUGCAGAUAUGCCUCCGUGUUGA